GGCCGGCUGCCCCAAUGGGGGAUCGGGAGGAGGAGGAGGAGCUGCAGAUGGCGCUGCGCAUGAGCCUCCAGGGCUCGCCGCCGGCGCAGCAGCCCGAGCCGAAGCGCAGCAAGCCCCCGCCGCCCGCCGGGGAGGAGUCGCUGGACGCGGAGGCGGAGGCGCGCCGCAAGCAGAGGGAGCUCAGGGCCGCUGCCGCCGAGAAGCGGCUCCGCGCGUUGGGCUCCUCGCCCGUCACCGCCGCGGUGUCGCCGCGGCGGCCUCCGCAUCAGCCGGCGGAGGCGGUCGCCAAGGAGGUGGAGGUGGAGGUGAAGGCGGACCCGGGACCGUCGGGGGUUUCUAUGGAGGAAGCGAAGGAGGUGGAGGUGGAGGUGGAGGUGGAGGCAGCGGCGGCGGCUGCGGCGGAGGGGGAGCAGUUGCCUCCCGAUGCUGCUGACAAGCUGUGGGUAAUGGUGUUUGGCAGUAAGCUUCAAAAGGAGGUCUUGGCGCAGUGGAGCAAUCAGGGCAUCAGAUUUAGCUCUGAUCCUGAAACAACCAUGGGACUGGUACAGCAUGAAGGUGGCCCUUGUGGUGUCUUAGCUACAGUACAGGCCUAUGUUCUUAAAUAUCUUCUGUUUUUCUCUGAUGACCUGUGUAAUCCAGAAGUUAGUGAUCCGUUUUAUGCACUGGGACAAAGACGCUUUUAUCAGAGCUCUUUUGCUGCAAGGGACGAUUUUUCUUCUCUGACUGAUGACAGAAAGACGAGAGCAUUGGUUCAUGCUAUGCUGGAGAUUCUAUUUUUAUGUGGAACCAGGAAAAGAGCUGUUGUAGCAUCUAUUGGAGAUGUCAAUCGAGUGGACACGGCUGCCUUCUUGGAAGGCCUUUCCGUUGACUCAGCUAUAGAUUUGCAGAAAGUUCUUAGAAUAAGUACAUUUACAUCAAGGAAGGAUGCAUUUAACAAUCUUCUAGCAAACAUUUCUUUGUUUGAAAGUCGAUUAGGAGCCAUGCUAUUUCUUAUCUCUGCUCUUCUGUCACGGGGAUUGGAAUCUAUUCAAGCAGAUAGGGAUGACCCAAGCCUCCCAUUGGUCACUGCCCCAUUUGGGCAUGCUUCACAGGAAGUUGUGAAUUUAUUACUUUGUGGAGAGGCCGUGUCAAAUGUAUUUGAUGGCAAGGUGGACUUUGGUGGUGGCAUGUUCCUGAAAGGGAUACCUAAUGAUGUUGAAGUUGGUUUCCUUACCCUUCUUGAAUCGUUAAACUUGUGCAAGGUUGGUCAAUACCUAAAAUGCCCUAAAUGGCCAAUAUGGGUGGUAGGAAGUGAAAGUCACUAUUCCGUCCUUUUUGCGCUGAAUCCCAAUGUCCAAGAAGAGAAUGAGCUGGAAGAGCGGGAAUCUAAAAUAAGGAGGGCAUUUGAUGCACAAGAUCAAAGUGGAGGUGGAGGCUUUAUUAGUGUUGAGGGGUUCCAACAAGUUCUGAGGGACACUGACAUAAAUUUUCCUUCUGAUAAGCUUGAGGACCUCUGUAAUGCUGGCAUUAUAGUAUGGAGUGAAUUCUGGCAGGCACUACUCCAAUUGGAUAAAAGGGCAGGAGGCAUGAAGGAUCCUACCGGCCUUAUGGGCAAGAAGCAAUUCACUAUCUACCACUUCAAUGGAAUCGCGAAGUCUGUGCUUAAUGGGAAUGCUAACGCCGGAGGUUCAACUCCAAUACAGAGACCCAGGCUGUGCAAGUUAACUGUCAGUGUCCCGCCAAGGUGGACCCAAGAUGAGUAUCUAGCUGAUGUAGUAAGUGCGUCAACCAGUGGAAGCAAGGAUGAUGGUGUUCUUUCCCUUGCUCCACCGGUUCAGACUUCACAGCAUGCACCGUUGGCGGACUGCAUUAGAACCCGAUGGCCACGUGCAGUUUGUAGCUGGAUUGGAGAUGUGCCUAGUAUUGUCUGAUGCGAUGUCACCUGCUAGUCUGAUUUCAAAGUGACUAUUGCAGAAUGCAGAGCAGGCUGCUUGAGCUUGGGCCAUGAGGGAAGGAAGCCGCGGAAGUGACAACCUGCUCCUGUACUCCUGGUGCUGUUAUUGUUGCAGCUGAUGAAUAUAUGAUUUUUCUUGGUUGAGUUAAUUGUCCUUUGAUGUAAUUUUACCAGGGACCUGAACAUUCUUUUUCCUAUAUCGACAUUAGUUGUAUACUCGAUUUUAUGAAUAUGUUUUCUGUUCAAGAUACAUUCUUUUUUGUACACAUACAGCUUGCAGUUCUAUUUUAAGCCUGAUAGAGUUGGUGAC